CAGGGAGAAUAACUUCAUCAAGGACUUCCCCCAGCUGGCCGAUGGGCUGAUGGUGAUCCCGCUGCCCGUGGAAGAGCAGUGCCGUGGCGUCCUCUCGGAGCCCCUUCCCGACCUCCAGCUUCUCACCGGGGACAUCAAGUACGACGAGGCGAUGGGGUACCCCAUGGUGCAGCACUGGCGGGUCAGGAGCAACCUCUACAGGGUGAAGCUCAGCUCCAUCACCCUCUCUGCAGGCUUCGCAAACAUCCUGAAGAUCCUGAACAAGGACAGCAGCCGGGAGGAGCUGCUCUCCUUCAUCCAGCAGUUUGGCUCCCACUACAUCGCGGAGGCUCUGUACGGCUCCGAGUUCAGCUGCACCAUCCACUUCCCCAGCAAGAAGGUCCAGCAGCAGCUCUGGCUCCAGUACCAGAAAGAAACAACGGAGCUUGGAAACAAGAAGGAGUUGAAAUCCAUGCCCUUCAUCACCUAUCUCUCGGGCCUGCUGACGGCACAGAUGCUGUCUGAUGACCACCUCAUCUCAGGUGUGGAGAUUCACUGUGAGGAGAAAGGGCGCUGCCCAUCCACUUGCCAUUUGUGCCGGCGCCCUGGCAAGGAGCAGCUCAGCCCCACGCCAGUUCUGCUGGAGAUCAACCGAGUGGUGCCUCUGUAUGCUCUCAUCCAGGACAACGAUACCAGGGAGGCUUUCAAGGGAGCCCUGAUGAGCUCAUACUGGUGCUCGGGGAAAGGCGACGUUAUCGAAGACUGGUGCAGGUGUGACCUCAACGCCUUCGACGAGAACGGACUCCCCAACUGCAGCCCUCUCCCUCCGCCUGUCCUACGGCUCUCCCCCAACGUGGAGCCCUCCAGCACCGUGGUCUCUCUGGAGUGGCUGGACGUGCAGCCGGCCAUUGGGACGAAGGUGUCUGACUACGUCCUGCAGCACAAGAAGGUGGAUGAGUACACGGACACGGACCUCUACACAGGAGAAUCCUUGAGCUUUGCGGAUGAUUUGCUUUCUGGCCUUGCAACAUCCUGUGUGGCAGCGGGUAGGAGCCACGGAGAUGUCCCUGAAACCAGCCUCUACUCAGUCAUUUUCAAGUGCCUGGAACCAGAUGGUCUGUACAAAUUCACCCUCUACGCGGUGGAUACGCGAGGGAGACACUCAGAGCUGAGCACGGUCACCCUGAGGACAGCCUGCCCGCUGGUCGAUGACAGCAAAGCAGAAGAGAUAGCUGACAAAAUCUACAACCUCUACAACGGCUACACCAGUGGGAAGGAGCAGCAGACGGCCUACAACACGCUGAUGGAGGUCUCGGCUUCCAUGCUCUUCCGAGUCCAGCACCACUACAACUCCCACUACGAGAAGUUUGGAGACUUCGUCUGGCGCAGUGAGGACGAGCUGGGGCCCAGGAAGGCACACCUGAUCCUGCGGAGGCUGGAGAAGGUCAGCAGUCACUGCUCCACCCUGCUACGCAGUGCCUACAUCCAGAGCCGCACCGAGACCAUGCCCUACUUGUUCUGCCGCAGCGAAGAAGUCCGGCCGCCCGGCAUGGUCUGGUACAGCAUCCUAAAGGACACCAAAGUAACGUGUGAGGAGAAGAUGGUCUCCAUGCUGCGCAACACCUACGGGGAGUCCAAGGGGCGGUGAGGGAAGGUGCAGGCCUGGAGCUGUGGGAGGCCAAGGGACUCCGAGGAGUCGAGAACUCAUGAUGUGCUGAGUGGCUGGUGGGGUUCGGGGUCGGGUGGUGUUCGGAGGGGGUGGAAGGGGACAGCGAGGCCAAACAGGACUUUCUCACGCAGAUGGCAGAGAAACGAGAAAUGAGCAAGUUGGACUUUUAAUUUCUUUUCCUUUUUUUUUUUUUUUUUUUUUAAUUUUUCAAGAGGAGGAGAAAAAAAAAACAAAAAAGAAGAAAUUACCUAAUUUGACUCAGCAUAAAAGCCUUCUCCUUUUUAAUCUUUUCUUACUGAAUUUCCUGGACUACACGCUCCACAACCCUGGGAGGAAGGAGAUACCCGCUGGAGGCCAGGCGGAGGGGAGCUGCUGGGCGCAGGGUGGCCCCCUCCCUGCCUGCCCUGCCUGCCCUGCCGCCGGGCAGGAGCCGUGGGGCAAGGGGCCCCGGUGCCGUGGUGGCCAAGGACGACAAGAGGAGGUGGCACGGGUGGACGGUGACACCGUGCUGCCAGCGAAGGUCCCGGAGGGGGAUGCCGGGCAGGUACGAGGACGCUGCAGGCAAGGUGGGCUUUUGUACCACUCCGAGUUGACGGAGCAGCUCCGGGCACAGCCUUGGUUGGCAAGGCUCCCGGCAGCUUGUUCUGUGCAUUAAAGAGUCAUAUC